AUGGAAGAAGCAGCAAGUAUGAAUCAUGCAAGGAGUACGGUGGACCAGGAAAUGGCAGAUUUAUUCCAUAACUUUGGGAAGAAAAAAGAUGCAUUCUCGAUUGUGAGUCUAGAGGAACCCUGGUUCUACAGAAUUUGGGAUACCAACCAGAAAUUCCUCUUCCUGCAGAAUGGAGAAUUAGUAGCAGCUCCAAACAAUACCAAUGCAGAAGAUCAGUUAAUGGCAGUGACUCCAAAUCAAGUCAUAGAUGCAAGUAAGCGACCUAUCUUUAUGGGCACCAAAGAUAAGAAAAACAUUCUGACUGUGAAGUCAAGUGGUCGACCUCAGCUACAGCUAGUGGCAGGAGAUAUUAUGGAGCUUUAUAAGAAAAAGGAGGAAUCCACAGAGUUCACUUUCUACAACCAGACCAAAGGCAGCGAGACAACUUGCUCCUUUGAAUCAGCAACUUCCCCCGGUUGGUUCCUCAGCACUUCUCCUGAGCCAAACAAGCCUCUUGGUUUGAGCCAAGGAGGGGGUUCCGAUAUCACUCUUUUUUAUAUUGAAAGAAAAAAGUAA